AGUUAAGAAACAAGAUAGAGGCUCAAGAUCUCAAGAGAUCCGGAAACUCCGCCCAAUACGAAUUCUGCGGGAAAAUUCAAAUCCUGACCAACAAAAUCAAGUUGUCUCUCUUAGCCAAGGACGACCUCACAUCAGCAAUAGAAGCCAUACAAGAACUUGAGGAGAUCACCGCCGAUCGAAAACAAAAAAUUCAGAUCGCAGAUUCUAGCAAAGCAGGCUGGAUCACGGUACAGCAUCUGGAGAAAGGAACUGGCAAGAAUCAAUUCCCCGAAAAACAGAAGAGGAUACUAGCAGCAGAAGAAUCGACCCUCAAGGAGCUGGAGAACAGAAAGCGACAGAAGAAAACAACAACUGAUCGACAACAUAAGGGUUCACUUAGCUCGGCUAAUCAUAGUCUUUUUCGAGGUAUAAUAUCAGAACAGUUGUUAAUGAUUUCAAUGAUACUGCUUCUACCCCCAAAAGAUUUUUCUUUGUUUGGUUCACUCUGAGACUAACCCCAAUCCCAUACUAAUAAAUCAAAUAGAAAUGAAAUUCUGUAUUUCUCUGUUCCGUUUGUUCAAGGGUGUGAAACUGUUUUUCAUGCGGAUGAGCGCAGCGAAGUAGCAUGGAAAUGGGUUUUUUCUCCCUUGACAAUAGGAGUGGGAAUGGCAAUUGUAGUUUUACGUAAUUAUGCAAAGUAGACACGCAUACUCGGGUCUAUGUGUUUUACAGAAAAGCAAUGAAGCAUAAAUCUCCUGGUUAUGUGACACACCCGUUUACGCCACUUCAGGUUAGCUCACUACCGAGUACACAACUGUUCUACUUAUAGUCCUUGCUUCCCACCCACCCACCCUUAAUCAUGAGACACGUUUUGCUUGUUGUAUUUUAUUUGCCUUCACUCAGGCUUGCCAAAUGAUUUCUGCUACAUCUGCAAGGCACCAGGACAUUGGGCACGAGAAUGUCCUCUGCAUAGACGACAGCACAUCCCUUUCGGGAGUAGAGCAAGAGCAAAUCCACUCAGUUCCACAUACACCAACUACUACUCCAGCGUACCAUGGCAAAUCCCUCCCAUCCACCAGUCACUUCCACUCAUUUCACCCGCAGCACACACAGCAGUCAUCCCAGCAAAAUCGAGCUCCGGUGCUAGCACUUCAAUUGGAGCAUUCAGCUCGUGUCACACAGAUACAAGACAAAUUCGACGACGUAUUACAGAUAGUUUUACGACAUAGUUUUUGGUCGGAAUUUCCUCAGCAAAUUCAAGGUUUCAUGAUGCGCACCUUUCGAGACAUGCUGACGGCCAAGGCAGACGGUACUAUCACCUCUUACCUUUACAAAUGUCGAGAAUUCUUCUCGUGGCUUAAAAAGCUGAAUCUUCCAUUGAAGUUGCCAGUCGGAGAGGAAUUCAUUGCCACUUUCAUUGUCGAUAAGGCAUCUGUCUCUACAUCAGACAGCACCAUCAUUACAUUGGCCUCAGCUAUUAAAUGGCUACAUUCACUAGUCAACUGCAAUCCAAAUCCUGUAGACACUUCAAUAGUGCAAAACGUUGUUGUUAGUCAGAAGCGUAACCUUCACAAACCACCUCGGCAAAAAGAACCGAUUUCUUUUGAGAUAGUUCAGUCCAUCGCACACUUCUUUGGUAACCCUAAUUGUAAUUUGAUGCAGCUUAGAACGGCAUGUUAUGUUGUCCUGAAAUUUACUCUCCUUUUUCGACAUGAUGAGAUGGCUCAAAUUAGGGCAAGUCACAUACAAAUGCUACCUAAUGAAGCGGGUUUAAGUAUUUUCAUUCCUCGAUCUAAAACGGAUAUCUUUAGGGAAGGCAACAGGGCUUACAUUUCAGAUACGAAAGAAUUUUACACUCCUGUUCAAAUCCUAAAAAGAUACCUAGAGAUGUGUAAAAAUUAUAUCGGACAAGACGUUUACAUAUUCACUCCGCUAUCCUUUCAUUCAAAAUCGAACUCCUACACUCCAGUAGGGAAUAGACCUCUGAGUUACACACGAUGUAGAGAGAUAUUUUUAGACGCUUUGAAACAAAUUGGAAUAACAAAUCCCAACAGAUUUGGUCUUCACAGUAUGCGUUCGGGGGGUGCUUCACACUUAGCUAAUCAUGAUGUGUCUGAAGAGUUAAUACAACAACAUGGAAGGUGGAAAACUACAGAGGCUAAGAAUAGGUACACAAUAGAAACAUCGAACAACGUCUCCAUGUCUCAAAGGUUCUACAGAAUAUGUAAGCGCUUCUAUCCACAUGUAAAUACUGCAUUAUCUAAUUCAAUUAAUUUAUUUAUUAUGAAGAUGUAUCAUGUAUUAUCACUGAUCACGUAUAAUCAGUAAUUAAGAAACAAAACUGCCAGAUUUCAUAUCAGAAUUCUAUGGAUGAAUGGCCAAGGAGGACAAAGAUAUGUGAAAGCUAAUAAUGUGUUACUUUGUAUUUAAAAUAUAUCUAAUUAGAAAUUAUUGUUAUAUGCAUGAACGUAUUCCUAUUAAUAAUCAAGAUGGUUUUCGGACUGAGACGAAAGGGCCAAGAAGGCCAUGCUCCAUGAUUGUACAGGUACCGGAUAUAAUGCAAAGAACUGUGCAGUGCAUUUGUAUAUGUAAAAGAGAUCCGGACAGAGUCCGAAGGGCCGAGAGGGCCAUGUUCCAAGGUGGAACGAGUGUAAAUUAUAAUUCAAGAAAUUAUUUUACAGUUUGUACUAAUUUAAUGGAGAUCCGGACAGAGUCCGAAGGGCCGAGAGGGCCAUGUUACAAGGUGGAAUAAAUUCUGUCAAUUUAAUAAUUAACAAGUAAUUAACUAAUUAAAAUCUAAUUGCACAGUAAAAAAA